AUGAUUACAGCGCUACCAGUGCCUUCAGUGAAGGUCUUCCACAAAACAUACUACCACGAAAAAGCUCGAACCGGAGCGAGUCAACCUGGAAGCCCUCUCACAGAUAGCGAAGCAAUCGUCGCCUUAACGGAAAAAGAACAACCCGAGUAUUUUUUCUGUGGCAAGAUAAACGCUCUACAUGUCGUCGUAGGUUCUAUUCUCUUGGGAGUUGUUGUUCUCAUUGUCGGGCUGGUGCAGCUGGCACCAGGAGCUGAAGCUGCGCAAUAUUCAACGGCACUCAUCGGAGUCGGAUGCACCCUCUUGGCCCUCGGCGCCCUUCUGGCACAGUUGAGAGCUCUCUGGCUCAGAAGAAAGAGGGCUGCCCAGAAAGAUUCCACUCAUCAACGGAGUGUUACCAGUAUAGACAUGCUCUUAGCCCAACAUAGGGACUUUACGGUUCUCACGCCAGAUGAGCUUGAAGACCUUGUCGGUAAGCCAACCCCCGUUCUCGAGAACAAGGUCCGCAAACACGGGAAUAAUACCUAG